UUAAAGAUUUCCAAAUACCAAGAAGCUAUGAUAAAAUAGAAGUAUUAUCUGCAAUUGACCUGAAAGUAGGUUUUAUUUUAAAUUCUGGUCACCUUACAAAUAAGGAUCAUCCAAUCUUAACCACAGGGUAUGAUUCAUAUUUGUAUAAUACUGAUUAAAUAAUUGUAUAAACAAAUGUAUACUCGCUCUGGGAUUUUAAAUUAUAUUAUGCUUUUAAUAAGAGUUUGUCCAAUUUGAAGGUUAAGAAUUCUCUCAUUUUCUUAGACAUAAUAUCACAUACAGUACGCAGUAAGUAUGUUAGAAAACAAAAGUGUUAGAGAUUAUGUGACAGACAUGUUCUUGCUUGCCAUUACAUAAUUUAAUUGAAAACACACAAAUUACCUUAAUUUAAUUAAAAUGUCAGCAAAAAGCUGUUAUACUUAGUAAAGUUUGUUUACUGGUGAGAUUUAAUUGGCAGAGUAAUAUAAUCAGAUAAGAUUAAUAUACCUGGGAAUGUCGCACAUCAAUUGUUUAUCAAUAAUACAUUUACAGGUAUCAAUAAGCAUUGGAAUACAAUUUAAAUAUCAAAUAUGUUGAUCUAAAAAGUUUUGUGUACAUACACAAUAUUGAUUGAUUUAUUCUGAUAUAUUGGAAGUUGACUUUGAGUCAGCACUAAGUUAAGAAUUGUUUUGAAAUUUCAUAUGGAUAUUAGUCAAGUCUUGGUCAGAUAUAAUUGAACAACAGAGAGUGUUGAGAUUUAGAUCAAGGUGAUAUAAUACAUGUGAUACUUCACCUAGGACUAGAACACAGUAGCAUUACAAUCAGUUCAAAAUCGUUACCAAAUCAGUACUGCAUCAGCUAUCCUUUAGUCAUUACAAAGUGUGACAUGGAAUGAUUUUUUAUAAGGACAACAGUGAGAAGGUUCCUGGAGGUGCCAAGUCGUUUAGUAGUAAAGUGAUGUCCGUACUGUUAUUUCAGUGUAUAGGAGUACCUGCCGUAACUCUGAUAUUUGCCUGGUUGUGUAUGUACUUUGGUCUUUCUGAUACCUAUAGUUACUUUCCUGUGGUAUCUACACAGAGACUGUAUGAUAUAGACAGCAACAUUGGUAUACAGUCACAGUUCUGGAGUAUAGCUAAUGUUUCUCGCAUCUCGGCUAUGUAUUGGUUUGACGAGCAGACAUGGUCCUAUGUAACCUUUAUUUUGGCCAUCUUGCCGUUGAUUGUGUAUGCAGUUGCCAUUGUAGUUAUAUCAAUUUGUCAUAUAGGAGGGCAUUUCCAUUUCCACAAGAAGGAAGAGCAGUUAUUGCCACAUGAUUGUUUACCAGGUGUUUCAAUAGUCAAACCAUUGAUGGGAGUUGAUGAUUUACUGGAAGAGAACUUAGAAAGUCAUUUCAGUCUCACUUAUCCAAAGUUUGAGUUGUUACUGUGUACACAGACUGAUGAUGAUGAAGCUAUACCUGUUGUAAAUAAACUGAGAAAGAAAUACCCUCAUGUGGAUUGUACAUUGUUUACAGGUGGAGGUCCAGGCUGUGUAAACCCUAUGGUCAACAAUAUGGCACCAGGUUACUGGAAUGCUAAAUAUGAUUUUAUCUGGGUCAGUACCAGUAGAAUCAAAGCCUCCUCAGAUAUAAUUAUGGAUAUGUCCUGUAAGCUGCAGAAACCAAAAGUGGGUUUAGUUCAUCAGAUGCCAUUUUAUACAGACUUGCCAGGAUUUGCUGGAACUAUUGACAAGGUACAUUUUGGUUGUAUAAUUGGUCGAUGUUAUCCAGCAUUUAAUUUCUUAGGCCUUUGCUGUUGUACAGGAAUGUCCUACUUAUUUAAGAAGCCUGUACUAGAGGAGUGUAUGCCUCAAGGAGGACUUAUCUACUUUGGCAAAUACUUAGCUGAAGAUUUCUUUUUAUGUACAUUAUUACACGAAAAAGGAUACAAGUUAGUAAUGUCAGCUUACCCAGCUCAACAAAAUAUUCCAUCAUCAUCUAUUUGUUUCUACAAGGAUAGAAUGGUCAGAUGGCUGAGGUUACGCCUUAACAUGAUGACAUUUACAAGUGGUGUACUAGAACCAUUAGGUGACAUGAUUCCUAUAGGAAUUUUAGUUAGUCUAAGUGUCAAUCAUUUCUUCAACAUUAGUGUAUGUUAUUUCCUGCUGUUCCAUUUCACUUUAUGCCUAACAUCAGAUUAUAUACUACUUAAACGGUACCAGAAUGGGUCACUUAUAUUUUCAAAAUGGAAGUUUGUGUUCUGUUGGUUUGUUACUGAACUUAUGAGAACUGUAACAUAUUUUGAGGCUAUUUGGAGGCCUCAGACAAUAUUUUGGGGUACAAAACAAUUUCGGGUACGUCUUGGAGGAGUUACUGAAGUAGUGCGAGAUACUGACAAGACUAAAUCAUAGUAGACUAGUCAUGACUUAGAAAGGGAGAUAAAUUUACCAAAAAUAGGAAGUAGACAAGGGAGAUAACCUCGAUGAAUGGAAUCAAGAACAGAAAGACUUAGGAAAGUGUAUCAUGUUGCAUUUUAGUUUUGGUUUGAUUGGGAAUUCAGUGCUUUAAUGAAGGAUAUGUUUGGGUUAUUCAACAACAACUGUCAUCAAUAGGGAUACACUUGCAUAUAAUCACGAUAGUAGCAUUUGAUAUAUUUGGGAAAUAUUCAAUUAUUUUUGCUAAAUUUGGAUUAUUAGUAGAUGAAAGAAAAUUCUAAUACUGCUCAAGAUUAGCACAUGUUUGCCUGAACUUAGUGAGACAUCAGUGAUUUAUAAAUUUAUAGGUUUUAUAGUAAUUUAAGGAUGUAGAAGACUUGUGCAUUUUCAACCUGUUAGGUAAUAUUGAUUCAUUAUUGAUAUUUCUCACUGACAGUGCAAUAUAAUAAAGUUUUAUAAAAAAAAUAAAAAAAUUAUUAAUCCACAAUUAUGACAAAAUAUUGUCAUCUACUAUUGUUUUCUGAAAAGUAAUUGUAGUUUACUUUUUUUAAAUGGGUAUUUAUACAGGUGAUAAAUACAACAUUUUAAGGUCCAAAAACAGUGAAUAAUUUUUUUGUUAAACACCAAAUAGUUUAUAGAUUCUUUUAAUUUGUAGGCUCCACAUUUUAAAAUAUUUUUGUAUUUGCAAUCAUCAUUUCACAUGUCUGUCAUGAUUUACAUAUAAAUAACCAGUAUUUUGCAUUUUACUAGAACUGGUGGAUGAAAUGUUCCAUUUAUAUAAAGGAGAAUUUUUGAUGAGCUACUAUUUGUCAAAAGUCGUAUAAUUAUUCAGUCUUUCACAAAUACAAUUAUUUCAUUAUAACUUAAAUGAUAAAUUCUGUUCACUUUAGUGCAGAAAUGUCAUUUGAAAUAUAAAUGUGAUAUCUCACAGCCUUAUAUCUUUAUAUGAACAUCUGAAGGGCAUUAUAUGAUAGAUAUAUCAUACAUUUUGAAUUUUGAAUUCACGGGGCUAAAUUCAUAGUCUUAUCAUACCUUCUCUGUUGAUAUCUUAUACUUUUUGAAUUUUGAAUUGAAGGGGCUAAAUUAAUGGUCUUAUCAUACCUUCUCUGUUAAUAUCAAAGUUGAUCUGUAAUAAUGUAUCAUUCCUUUGUACAAUGUAUAGUAAUCUCUGUUAUUUCGCCCUUUAUAAAAAGAUAUAUUUUAAUACUAUAUGUGACCAAGACUUAAUGAGAAAAUAAGUGAUUUUUUUGGAAAUUUUAUUUUAGAGUUUUGUAUAUUGUAAUUGAAAAACACAAUGAUUGAAUUUUUGUUUUAAAAGAAAACAGGCUAUUUUAGGAGAUUAUUUUGGCCAGGUUGCCAAGAGUGCAAAUUUUCAGCAAUUUUGCAAAAGACAGUACCAAUGUUGUAUAAUCAAUUCCUCCUGCAGUUUUCAACCCAGAUCCUUCAAACUUUAUAGAAUUUUUGCAAACCAAUUGAGGAUUUUUACAUUUUAUUAUGGAGUUGAUAAAAAAAAAUCCCUUAUUUUUACAAUUUAUUUUUCCUUUAUUUGACUAUGGUCCAUUUUUCAAUUAUCUCUAGGUGUAUCAUGUAUUGAUUUAAUUUUUUCUGAAGGGUUGUUUUAAUAGGUAAAUCUGAGGGAAAAAAACUCAAGUUUUCAAGUAGUACAUUAUGGUUGAUACAGGACCUACUAUUAGAUUGAUACAGGACAAUCAAAAUAAUCUUAGAAAACAAUCAAAACAUCAGCAGAGGGGGUCUCAUUGGGGGGUUCUGAUCCCGGAUCCCGCUUACUGUUUUGUCAGAUUCCCGUAUCCCGCUUACACUAUGUGCGUAAGCAAUUCUCAUUUUUUUGUAAUUUCCCGUUUUCACGGCACAAAAAUUUGACUUUCACGUGUCACGCUUUCAAAAAAUUGUCAAUCCCGGGUCACGCUUAGACCCCAAUGAGACCCACUAAAGAACAUCAGUGAUUAUUGAAUGAUCCAAAAUUAAUUUUAAAUGACUUGUGUAAACAAAACUAUUAUCUAAUUAAAUAUUUGAAAGAUUGCUAAGAAGUUAUUUCCAUAAUUAUUUGUUUCACAUCAUUCUUUCAUAAAUGGCAUACAGAAAUAUUUUUAUUAUUAAUAAUUUUGCCUAUUUCAACAAGAACCCUGAUUCAUUUUAAUUAAGGACAAAACAAUAUAAAAUAAGUGAAAAUUAAAGAUGUUAGAAUAUCCUGCAGACUGACUUUAUAAAAGUAUGAAAAAGCUUUAAAAAAGCCUUACAAAUUUUGAAAAUUGUGUUAUAUACAUUUAAAUCAUAAAAAGCACCCAAAACAAAAAGGAAUAAUCUUACUUCUAUUUCUAUAGAUAAUAAAAAUAAAAUGCAAAAAAAGAAGAGAAUGGUAAAAAAUUACAAUAUUUUUCUCACUUUUAUUUCUCUUUAUUAUUUCAUAAAGUUAACCAAAUCAGAACUUCUAUAUAUGUUCAUAUAAGAAAUUGAAUUAAAAACAGAAUCCAAACUUUUAAAUGUUAUAGAUAUAAUUAUUUUUUUGUAAGAUCUAUUUUUAAACAACAUGGACCAAAGUAUGACAUAUCAGGGAAUUUUCUAAUAGAUAUUUAUAUUGAAUUGCUGUUACUAUUAAUUUGUUUUUUUUAGUGAAUAUGAAUUAUUUAGAUUUUUUCUUCACAUACAUAAUAUAUCAUUGUUUAUGUUUUCAUCUUGUAAAUGACAAUCUGUUGAAUAUAUUUUAUUUUUGAAUGACUGUGCCAGUAUUUAUGGUUGGAUUGUUCAAUUCAACUCAUUUUCAUACUAGUCUUAGUGUAGCAGAUAUGAAUAAAAGGAGUCAAUGAGACAGCAACCCGAGACAGCAACUCAACAUCACUAAAACUACGAUACCCUGAGGUCAACAUACAGUCUUCAACAAAAGAAAAGUGUGUAUACAAUAUGUCAAGUUACAUCCAGUCUAGAAUGGUAAAUAAAUUUAACAAGGAUUAUCAAAGAUCAGUUAUUAACACUAUACUGUGGAUUCAUUAUUAUUCGUUGGAUACCAAUUUUCGUGGAUUUCGUGGGUAUAGGUGAACCACGAAAUUAAAUGUUCAACGAAUAACAAAUUUUCUAUAGGCUUGUAUGCAGACUUCGACAAAACCACGAAAUUAAAUAUCCACGAACAUGUUAGUUUUCCUUAAUCCACGAAAAUUGGUCCCCACGAAAAUAAAUGAAUCCACAGUAUUCAUUAAAGGACAACAAUAUAAAAAAUGUAUGACUCUAGUCAACCAGUGACACGGUUUCUUACAUGGGAUGUGUCCAUAAACAUGUUGAGGUUAGAUAUUUUGUAAGUGGUCUUGAGUACAUGAGAAGUAUAAAAUAUGUUACACAGACAUGUAAAUCAUUGCUUGAUUUUAAUUAGCUUUACAGUUAAGGGUUAUAUCACAUUUACAUUUAAUUUUUUUAACUGCUGAAAAAAUAAAACCAGUAUUAACAAAGUUAAACCUGUUAAAUUUUGUAAACCAGAAUUUAAGUAUUGAUAAGUUUCUAAUAUAAAGCUUUAAACAAAUGCUUGGAGAAUACAUAUUUCUUGUAAUGAAAUUCAUGCCUCCUUUGUUGUAUCUUUUUAGGCUGAUCAUAUACCAUUGUGAAUGUGUAAUCUCUCAUUAAACUGAUGUUAUGUCUUUCAUUGAAUAUGACCCUAUCACCAUGACAUUUCUCACUGUAAAAAUGAUAUUUAUUGUGUUUGAAUGAGUUUCAUUGUUAUGUAUAACAACUAUUUUUGAUUUGCCUCAAAGCAUAGUUUAAGUCAUUUAAGAUAUUGUGUUACUUAAGUGUUUUGAACAUUACUUCAUUUCAUUUUAAAUAAAGGAGCUCUUUCAGCUUAGGCAUGAUGCUUUAAACCAGGAGAGGUACUUCGAAAUCUGACAGUCACUCAUAAACAUUUAUUUUGAUAUAUUUCUUGUAUUUUUUGUCAUAAAAAGUAGGAAUAAAAAACUGAAACACAGACUGAAUGUCAAAUUGCCUUUUUUUGCCUUUUUUUUGGUGCCAUAUAACAUGUUUGACUGGAACACCUAUUUGCAAAUUUUAAUUUCGAAAGUAAAAGAUUUAUCUUUAUAUGACUGCUAAAUGAUUGAACUCUUAAAUACAUUUCGGAAAUUAGUCUCAAAAUUAACUUAAACAUCACUUUAUGGAUAAUGAUCCAACACCAGGAUAUUUAUUACAAACAAAUGUACUGCUAAGUUUUUUUCAAAGGCUGAUAUACUUACAAAUUUUCGGCAUUGGAUAGAAAUAAUUCUUAAUUUCCUAAAAAGAGGAAAAGGGGGGGGGGGGGGGGGGGGAGAAAUUCUACAUGUUUAUCUGAUUAAUACUUUCUGUUUUUUUGAGGGAAGGAAUGCUUUAAAUUUACAAAAUGUUAGUCCCAUUUAUUUUUCUGUAGGAAAAAGAUAAAACAGGCAAGCAUAAAAAAGGUUGUUGUUUAUAUUGAUAUACUUUAUAAUAUGAUUUCUUUUGAUCUAAAAAAUCCAGCUUCAACCAGGUUUAGUAAUUGACAGCUUUUUUCUCUAAUUUACAUUGCAAAAUAUUCCAGUCCGUAAUAUACUUUCGAUUCAUUGUAUUUUCCAUUUCAUUUCUUAAAAAAAAAAAAAAAAAGAGUUGAAAAAGUAGAUUAAAAAAUCAUUUCAUUUUUGAAAUGACCCCUUUAUUUUUGCAGUUUGAAAAGCUUUUUUGUACAAUACUGAGUAUCAAAUAACAUUUAUUUUUUAUAUCAUACACAUUUUGACUUCUGUUGGUAUAACAGUCUAUAUAAUUAUACCUAUACAGCUAUUUAUGACAAGAGUACUGUAAAAAUUGAUAUUAAUACUAGGGUAAUAUUUUUUGCUAUUUCUAAGUUUGAAAAAUAGUUCUAAAGCAACCUUUAAUGUCUAAUUGCUUGAUGUUUUUUGUUGUUGAAUAUAAUUGUUAUAUCUGUUAAUAUAUCUGAAUUUAAUUGUAUAGUAAAUUUUUAAGAAAACUUUAUAUUCUAGCUCCUUUACAUGAGUAAAUCUAAGAUCUGUGAAUAAAUGGUUGGUGUUUUGUUAUGUCUGUAAAUUCAUAAUAAUUGUAAUUUUUUGUUUGUGGAUUUGAAAAUUGUGUAUAAAUGAUUGUUAAUUUUCUUGUAAUUUUAUACAAUGGAUAUUUAUAUCAUCUGUUAUUCUGUCCAUAUCUACAUUCCCAUUAUAUUUUAUGCAAAUAUAGAAUAUUUUGUUAUAA